UUCCAUAAGUAAGCACAAAUAAAUUGAUAAUUGAUUGUAAAUCAUCGGGUCUCUAAUAAGCUAUACUUUUGCACCUUAACCUUUAUAGGACAGGCCUGGUCGAAAUAUCGACCACUGGUUUGGUCGGGCGCUCGACUUAAAAAAAUGCAUCGAUAUUAUGCACAAAUUUUGUGUAAAAACGGUCGAUUUCAACGUGAAAAUACUCGUCCUUAAAAGGUUAAUAAUCUCACACGCCUCGAAGUUUUUAUAACACGGGAUCGCACAAAGCAUUCGACAGGAUGGAAGGAAAAUUUGUCCUCACCUCAUGUCGCGAGCAAAGUAAGUUUGGUGACUUUGCUGAGGACUCGUUAUGCGCUCGUUUGAAUGGAUUCAACCUACCGUCGAAAAAAGCAUCGAACCUCCUGAAUGGCGUUUACGUUGGAGGUCCGAGCGCCGUCGGGAAGAGCACAACGUUGAAUAAGAUACGCCAGAACUAUCCGUGGGCUCGCGUGUCGGAUAUAAGCUUCGAAACACUUCGCCGUCACCACGAUGACCCGGAAAUGGUGACAAAUUAUCUUCUCACGCGUCGUGACGCGCCUAUGAUUUAUGAGCACACCAAUGAAUGUACGAUUCUCUACAAGAUCGUAAAUCGCUUUAUGCAACGUGACUUGAACCGCGACAAUGUUCAAAAGUGUCAUCGCGAAUGCUACAACGCAUUGAACGAAGCCUCGAGCCACAUCAUGUUCAUCAUUCUUGACAGCACGAAAAACUUCAAGACACGCUACUACAAACGCCUUUGCAACGCUAGCAACACCAUCAAUCGGGACCACGACAAAUAUCUGAUUCUACAAUUGGCGGCAUUCCUCGCAUUACUUGGCAAACGACAUUUGUAUCCGUUCAUGAGCGUCGUGGUGAUACACGAAGCUGGACGUAUUUUAGGCGAGGAAGAUACUUACGGGCUCGAUACGCUAUUCGCAACUUAUCAUUCCGACAAUGAUUACGCUAUUGCAACGUUCGAUUGCGAUCGUUUGGUUGAAUUCAUAGUUGAUGCUCAUAUUUCCCAUGCAGAAGAUAUUCUCGAAUUGUCCUGA